UUGGGGGUGUAGGCCACUCAGUCAAAGACAAUCAGAGAUGUUUGAGUUUCCAUGCGCAGUGACCAGGGAGGUAAAGCGCAGAGCAGUUUUACCCCUCCUCCAGCUCCGACCACUCCGGCCUCCACACUACUAAAUCACAUUUAGUCCGAGGAAUCUGUUUCUGUUUAAAAAAGAAACUGGUCAUGCGACGCGAUUUGUUUCUGCUGGAGGGAAGAAGGAAAAACUAGAUACGACCUGUUGGCGAUGAUGGAUUACUCAAAGGCGCAAAUGUCAAGCUUAUCCGAGGAGGGGAAUCCAGCUGGGUGUCCACAGUCCGGUAAUACUGGGGUGAAGCUGGAUGCAGUGAUGGAGCAGUUGCAGAGACAACAAGGAGCCAAACUGGAGAUGAAUCUGCAAGAGAAACAUCUUCUUCACGCCCAGCUUCUUUUUGCUCAACAUGCUGCUGCAGCGAGGGCCUCUGGCUCCAGACUAAACUCUGCAUUAUUUGGCAAAGCAGAUGGACAGACUUAUCAAGCAGCUCAACAAGCAUACAACAGCCAUCUCAACAGAAUAGAUCCAGAUGAGGAAGAUGAAGAUUUGGAUGAUGAGGAGCAGGAAAUAGUGGGGCCUGAAGAGAACGAUGAGUUGGAGGAAGACAAUGAUGAUGAUGAUGAGGAGGGGAUGGACGGACCUCAUCAGCAGGCGAAGAUGCCUUGUCUCCAGCAGGUCGCUGGCUUCCCCUUCGCUUCUUAUUCCACACCUCAGUCUUCGGCUGUGAAGCAAAUGUCUCAAUCUAUACCUUCAGCAGCCAUAAAAGAGGAGCAGGAGGAGAAGGAGCUGCUGUCUCCUGCAGGCCAACACUCCUUCACAUCGCCCAAUGGCUUUGCUGACUGGGGCUAUGACGAGCCAUUUAAACAAAGAGGAAGUGCCAUCUGGGCUGAGGAGAAUGACGGAGGAAAAGUAAGAGCUGAACCAUCAAGGGACUUUGCCAAGCUUUAUGAACUUGAUAAUGACCCACAACGGAAGGAGUUUCUCGAUGAACUUUUUAUCUUUAUGCAGAAACGAGGAACUCCUGUGAACCGCAUUCCCAUCAUGGCGAAGCAGGUGCUGGACCUGUACAGGCUUUAUGCACUUGUGACAGAGAAAGGAGGCCUGGUGGAGGUUAUCAACAAGAAGAUCUGGAGGGAGAUCACCAAGGGUCUCAACCUCCCCACAUCCAUCACGAGCGCAGCCUUUACUCUCCGCACCCAGUAUAUGAAGUACUUGUACCCGUUUGAGUGCGAGAAGAAGGGCCUGAGUUCUCCAGGUGAGCUGCAGGCUGCCAUCGACAGUAAUCGCAGAGAAGGUCGACGUCCAAGCUACACCAACAGCUUGUACCGCUACUCUCCCUCCCCGAGCUCCGUUCAACAUGCCCGCCUCUCUUCACCCACGAUGCAAACCACCCCAACCGGACACAACGGCCUGAAUAUAUCCGCUAGCCCAACUCUAAAGAGAAAUACAGAUGAGAUGUCAACUCCUGUAAUGCCCAGCGGACUACCCAUGGCUCUGGCACUGGGGCAUCAGCAUCAGCAACAACUGGCACAAGCUGCCACGCUGGAGCAUUUCAGAGAGAGGCUGGAGCGAGGAGCUGGAGGAGCUGCAGCCGACAGUCCAGAGAAGAAAAUGCUGCGGAUGGCAGAGGAGCAGCAACGCCUCAUGCAGCAGGCCAUCCAACAAAACCUCCUGGCCUUUGCGUCUCACUUCAACCCCAUGAAUCUUAAACUUAACAAUGGACAUGAGACCAAACAGGAUAUGUCUCUGAGUAUCUCCACUAAUGGAGCAGCCAGUAUCAGUGUAUCUGUGGAGGUCAAUGGCACCGUUUACUCAGGAAAGCUCUUUGCCCAGAAGUCGGCUGCUUCUGUGGCGUCACAGGCCGUAAAUCUGGCUGAAACAAAUGGUUUCAGUGCCAUGUCCUCCUCACACAGUCCCUCCUCUUCAUCUUCCACCUCUUCAAAGGGACCAAAUUAAGCGUCACUGAACUUUAAAUCUGUCCUCAGCAAACUAAUUUAGCAAAAUGCAUACUUCUGUGUGAACUAUAACUGUACGGCUGUCUACUAGUACACCUCUAGUUUUGCUAGUUUACUUCCUGUUUGUUCGCUUAAGCAAUGCAGAAAGUCACAGAAAGAAAAUCUACCAUUGUUUUUCCAUUAUUUUGACAGUGUGCUUUAAUUGAGUCUUGUAAGAGGACAUAUAUGUUUAACCUCAAGGGCUUUAAAACUGACCAUAACAUAGAUUCAGAUCAGAGUUUACCUUUGUGCCUGUUAGAAGCUUCUUUUGUCUUUUAAAUGUAGUGGCAAUCAUGCCUAGGCAAGGCUUUACCAGGUUUGUUCAGAAGUGUCUUUAGAGCCUCUUUGGGUGUCAACUGCAUUUAUAGCUAAUUAUCCAACAGUUCUGUAGCUGCCUUUUCCCAUAGCCAUAGUAGAACAGUGUGGUUGCCAAAUUUCAGCUAAUGAAGACCAAAAAGCCUUAGCUCAAUGUCAUAGCUCCUGUCUGUAACUAUUUUGCUGAAGCCAUUGUGUAUCCCUCUUAGUAAACAUUUGGUUUAACCCAAGAGAAAGCUCAUAGUUUAUAUGUUUCAUAGCAGCUUUCAGGGAUUAUGUAUAAAAAAAAAAAAUCUGUUUCUUAGAAUUAGAGAACUGUGUUGCAGGUUGGUUGGAUUUUUUUUAUGUUUUGUAUUGUGUUUCAUUUGACCUUUUUUUUUUUUAUUUAAUCAUUUGGCUCAGCCUCAAAAUUAAUUACAGAACAAUCAUUUCAUGUCAGCUUUGAAUCAAAGGCAAAACUUUAGAGACGGUUUUUGCUGGGAAUUAUAUAUAGGAUGGAAGUGAUUCAACAUUUACCUCAAUUGACUUCCCAUGUUGGUAAGUUUCUCAGGAAUGUCUUCUGGACUCAUCACUGUUAUACUGUAUCUCAUAAUAUAUUGCUGUGCUGUAUUUGCAUAAAUGCAGAGAAUGUAUCACUAAUUACCUCAAGCUUUUAACAAGUGAACACUGAAACAGUGCUACCUCACUCUUCUAGGGAAAUAUGCAAUACUUAAUGCAACGUGUGUUGAUUUAGCCAUCUGCUGAAAUAUACUGUAUGUGGACAAUCAAGUAGACAUAUCAAUCAUGCAAACAAAUGUCACUGUGUACUUCAGAAAUCAACGUUGAUGUUAAACUCUGUUUUGUUCUUUGAUGAACGUAUUUCUUGGACAUGUGGCUUUGAGGAAUAAAACAAUCUUGUGUGCUGUAGAAAGACUGUUUUUUUACAGUGUUACGUCCAUGUGAACCUUUGUGAACCCCUCAGUGCUUUAUGACGAUAAGUCUAAAGAUCAUAAUGUUCCCGCACAAGUUAGCUUUUCUAAUAUUUCAUGUGGCAUGCAUAC